GCGAAAAUCAAGGCAGCACGAUCAUGUCUUGCCGCCUUGGGGGGUGCGUCUUUUUGCUCAUCCGACGUAAGGUGACGCGGUGACGGCACGCGCCUGAUCCCUGCUGUAUCGCUGCAGGGAUUCGGUAGGCGGCUGCCCCGCAACCAAGGCGCGAUGCAACAGAGCAACCUUGGAAGGCACCUCUCCCCUCUCGUCUCACAUUGAGACUCUCCUUAAGUACCCGUAGCAACCCCUUUGAUCGCAAGUCACCAACCUCACUUACUACCCCAUCUUCCUGAGCGACUAACAACAAUUGCCAACAUGACGUCCGAGAACACUGACAUUGUCGACGAGACGCCCAUCUCUCCCGUUCGCUCUCUAGACAGGCGCAACAGUCUGGAGAAGCACCUGCAGCAUCGUCCGGAACCGCAGGAUCUGAAGAACAGGCAUAUCCUGCUAGACACCACUACUGCGCCUGCUCUCCAAGCCAAGGCCCUCGAGCUCGAGCGCCAGCGCGCAACCGACAACCUCAAGAAGGGCCUCAACUCCCGUCCUGAACGCGCCGAGCUCGUCGACCGCAACAUCCUCCCCGCCUCCAACGCUGCGCCUGCUCUACAGGGACACCAGAAGGAACUCGAGAUGCACAUGAAAGCGGAUAGUCUGGAGAAGGGGCUGCAGAGCAGGCCAAGUCCGGAAGAGCUUGUCAAGAAAGGCAUUCUGGAUGCUGACGAAGCCCCUGUUAAGGAUGCUUGAGCUUCGCACCCGGCGACAGUCACACUGCUGACUUUGUCCAUUCAUGCAUAUGGCGUUAGCGGAAUUUUGUCACACAUUUGAGGUUGCACUGAGCUUCUUCCAAGUUGUACGGUUAUUGCAAACAUGAGUAUACAUCACGUCAUGAAUCAAGUUUGCUGCUCGCUGCUUUGGCGGCUACUCUCUCUCUCUCUC